AUGAACUUGUUGGAUAAAUGCAACAGACAACAGAAUAUCUAUCUAUCUAUCUAUCUAUCUAUCUAUCUAUCUAAGUUUUAUUCUUAUCUAUCUAUCUAUCUAUCUAUCUCAGUUUUAUUCUUAUCUAUCUAUCUAUCUAUCUAUCUAUCUAUCUAUGCAGUCCCCAUUCUUUUCUUACUUUUACUUUGCUUUCUUUUUUGUUUGUUUAAAAUCUGUUCUUUUGCUCUUUUGGCUUUGAUCUCAUACGCCUCUCUCUUUUUCUGUUUUACUUUCUUCAAUUCUUUCUUCUUGUCUUUCUUUCGUUGUUAUUUUUUAAACCCUUUUCUCCAAAGUCAUUUCUUUCUUUCUUUCUUUCUUUCUUUCUUUCUUUCUUUCUUUCUACAAUCUCUUUUGGCUUUGGCUUUCUCAUUUCUUUCUUUCUUUCUUUCUUUCUUUCUUUUCUUUCUUUCUUUCUUUUUCUUUUCUACAUUCUUUUUCUUUGUCUUUUUCGAUAUUUUUUCUUUCUUUGUCUUUUAUAUUCUUUUUCUUUCUUUCUUUGUCUUUUUCUACAAUCUUCUUUCUUUUUCCUUUCUUUCGAAAUUAUUUCCAUCAUUUCUCAUUUCCUAUUUCUUUAAUUCUUUCUCUCUCUCUCUCUUUCCUUUCUUUCUUUCUAUUUUGAGUUUUGGGUGGAUGGUAUCUCUUUUCUUAUUAUACGCCACCCCCACCCCACCUCGAGCAAGCCAUUCAUCCAAUACAUCAUAA